UGUACACUAAUCUACGCGAAUUAAGCCUGAUAACAUGGGACCACACCACAAAUGAAGAGUUUCGUAUCGGAUGCUUAAAUAGGAACGCCACGCCGGCGGGUCCCAUCAGUUUCAAGUUGUCCAUCCGAGGAACAUCUGUCGCUGCCAACCCGUCCGCACAACCAAAAUGACUCUGAAGUCCGAUGAAGUUUUCGCCAAGAUCGCCAAGCGAUUGGAGGCAAUUGACCCGAACAACCGACAGGUCGAGCACAGCUACAAGUUCCGCAUUACCCAGGGCGGCAAGGUCGUCAAGAGCUGGAUCAUGGACCUGAAGAACGUCAAGCUGACGGAAUCGGAUGGAGCCGCCGAAGCCACCCUGACCAUGGAGGACGAAAUCAUGUUCGCCAUCGGAACCGGUGCCAUGGCCGCCAAGGAUGCUAUGGCCCAGGACAAGAUGGAAGUCGACGGACAGGUUGAGCUGAUCUUCCUGCUGGAGCCGUUCAUUGCUUCCCUGAAGUAAGUAACCACGAGGAAAGCCGAGUGAGCCCGCAAAGCCCAUCCCACAUUUUCGCCGCGUCGUCAUUCGGUAGAGCGGAAUCAUGUCAUCCUAACACACCUGUUGUAACUUAUUUUUAAAAGUGAAGUUUGUUUUUUUUUUCUUUUGUAUAAAUCUUGGAGUGAUUAAAUUUUGUAUUCAAACGUG